AUGCCUCGAGGACAAGAACCCCUGUUGACGCGUCGUCCGUCAUCGCACAACGACGAGCGAGCAACCGAAGAAGAUGCUCUUUUGACAGGACAGAGACCGAUCCGCCAAUCAUCCACCUCACGAUGGGCCAGAUACCGUGAGAUUGCCCUCUUCGUCUGGGGUCUCAUAGCCACUGCCGCCGUCAUCAUUCUCGCCGUUGUUUACCAGCAUCAAUCGUCCAAGACGACUCCUGACAGACAUGGCGACCGGCCCACUGGAAAGAGAAACCUCGUCUUCAUGGUGAGCGACGGCAUGGGUCCAACCUCGUUGGCCUUGACCCGCGGCUUCAAACAGUAUGUCAACGCCCUGCCAUGGGACGACACUCUGGUCCUCGAUAAGCACUUCAUCGGAAACAGUCGUACGCGAAGCAGCAGCAGUCUCGUCACCGACAGUGCUGCUGGAGCCACUGCCUUCAGUUGUGGUCACAAGUCUUACAAUGGCGCCAUCAGCGUCACGCCCGAUCACACUCCCUGCGGUAGUGUCAUGGAAGCUGCAAAGAGAGCUGGAUACACCACUGGUCUUGUUGUCACCACUCGCAUUACCGAUGCUACCCCUGCAUGCUUCGCCUCGCACGUCAGAACCCGCGCUAUGGAGGACCAGAUUGCCGAACAACUCAUUGGUAAUGGUCCCCUGGGCAGAAACGUCGAUUUGAUUUUCGGUGGAGGAAGAUGCCACUUUUUGCCCAACACCACUGCUGGAGGCUGCAGAGCCGACGGUAGAGACUUGAUCGCCAAUGCGGAUGAGCACGAUUGGAACUACAUCUCCUCUCGUGAGGAUUUUGACAACCUUGGUUCUUCCGUCGAGCUUCCUCUGCUUGGUCUGUUCGCACCCACCGAUAUUCCUUUCGAAAUCGAUCGCAGACACGUCGACGAUGACUACCCAUCGCUUGAAGAAAUGACAAAGACUGCACUUCGUGCUCUCAGCGAUGCCACAAAAGACAGUGAACAAGGCUUCUUCAUCAUGAUUGAGGGAAGCAGAAUCGACCAUGCUGGUCAUAACAACGACCCCGCCGCACAGGUUCACGAGGUUCUUGCUUAUGACAGAGCCAUGCAGGCUGUUCUCGACUUCCUUGAGGAAGAUGACACUGAGGGUCUUAUGGUUGCUACCAGUGACCAUGAGACUGGUGGCCUGGCUACUGCUAGACAGUUGAACGUUGACUACCCCGAAUAUCUCUGGUACCCUGGCGUUCUCGCCAACGCAACUCACAGUGCCGAGCACACUGCCCGUCUGUACUUCUCCCACCUGUCAGCUUCCAAGCCCUCCAAGGCCGACCUUCCCAAGUAUCUCACUAAGCUUAUCAACGACAACUUGGGCAUCAAGGACGUGACUCGCGAAGAGAUCGAUUACCUGAUCGAGCACCCAGUCUUGAGCCCAUGGACCAUGUCUCAGAUCAUCAGCAAGCGCAGUCAGACUGGUUGGAGCACUCACGGUCACAGUGCCGUUGAUGUAAACAUCUACUCUUCCAACCGUCAUGCCUCAAAGAAGCUGCACGGAAACCACGAGAAUACCGAGGUUGGCGAGUUUUUGCGUUGGUACCUCAAUGUUGAAGAUGAGAUGAAGGAAGUCACAAAGGAGCUGAAGGAUAAGCUCGAGAUUUCUGGUGGUGAGAGUUGGUUAGGUGCUGUUCCUUCCCAGGAGGACCUGGCUGUUGUGGCAAGCCAUCUGAUGAGCCCUCAAAGAGGCUUUGAUUAA